UUUGUGUGUCCGGACUACUGACUGGAGACAAAGAAAGCCGAAGGGACACCGUUCGUGCAAUGGAGGCCGAAGUGUGAUGACGUAAUAGCUCAAUACAUAUUGUAGUCAUAGUUCAUAAAUUAAUGUUACACUCUGAAACUAAUCACAUGAACAUUUCAAUCUAGUCUUCUUCCUUGCUAUCUAUCAGUGCUGUAAAAAAAAAAAAAAAAAACUCGAGUCUCAGAUCCAACGAUAGAUGGCGCCAAAGUCAACAGAGAAAUGCAAUGUCGGCAUUCAGUGAGAAAUUACAAAAACAUGUAGUGUAAAUUGAAAAUCCUAUGGCGUAUGAAAGCAGUUUCACAGCAUUGUUACAUAUUUUUUAAUAUAUGCAUAUUUUGUUUUAUAAAGUUAAAUAAGAAUAAUGUUGUGUUGCAUUGUUUUGUGUUGUUAAUGCUUCAAAUUAAGGCGGUGUACCUCUUUAAAAAUAAUAUUCAAACCACAUACAGUAUAUUUGAAAUGGUUUCGCAACAGCAAAUAACAUCUCAAAGGGGAAAUGUAUUUCAAAAUAAAGAAUGUGUAGGCUUACAGCAGCAACAAAAUACAUUACCAAUUUGUAUUUAAUUUUGUAUCUAUGUAUAUGUUUUGUUAAAGAUGUUUGGCCGUGUUUAAGCAUAUUACAGGUAUAAUCUGUGGAGUUGUACCGUAAAUACACAACAUUAUAUGUGUUUGGCAAAGAAGCGCCAUUUUACGUCAACGAAACCAACGCAAAAACAGAAUGGAGCCAACAAAAACGCAAGACAAUAUAUGCAAUCAUCUCAUAUUCAUAAUUCCACGGCUGCUGGAGAAUUAUCCUGUGCUGUUAUAUAGAUAAAGACGCAUGCUCAGUCCCCACAGCUGAUCCAUACCGCGCCGCUCCGCUUUGCAGGAGACCUGAGGAGGGCUUGAGGAGCAUGAGACGGAAGCAGCCGGGAGAGCGACUGGCCCUUGUCGGGAUUUUCUGCCUUUAUCGCUGAAAGACAAGAAGGAAUGCCCGUUGAUCUGUGAGACGGGAGCCAUAGGCCGCGUUCUUUCAAAAUAAUAAGGGUAUUCGUCAAUGCAAAGAAAACAUCAAAGCAAGAUAAGACGAACAUCACGAUGCAUCCUGGACUGAGCCAGCAAACUAGUGGAAUGACUGUGCCCCAGUCUGCUGGUUUCUACGAGAGAAAGAAACGCAACUCCAUCAUGGUGACUGUCUCCCUGCUCGUCAUCUCCGUGCUCAUUCUGAUCAUAGGCGUAGCUGCUACCACCAGAACUCAGAAUGUCACUGUGGGAGGCUACUAUCCAGGAGUCAUUCUUGGCUUCGGAUCCGUUAUUGGAAUAAUCGGAUCCCACUUGAUAGAAAACAAAAGGCAGAUGCUGGUAGCCUCCAUCGUGUUCAUCAGCUUUGGGGUGGUGGCCUCCUUCUGCUGUGCAAUUGUAGAUGGAGUGUUUGCCGCAAGGCACAUUGAUCUAAGACCUCUGUAUGCAGGACGAUGCCAUUACUACUCCUCUGUUGAAGAAAAAGACGUGCCUUGUCAAACGUCGUCACGAGUGUCCUGCAGCCUCAAAGUCAAAUCCAACACGUGCUACUGCUGUGACCUCUACAUCUGUGGCAAGUACGUUCCGCCUGUGAUAGGCAGUGCCUCGGUCUGGGGAAAAGGACAGCUCCUUUCAUCUUGUAUCACGCCGUUACAGAACUGUAGCGUGUCCCUUCCCAUAUUGAUUUAAACCUGCUCUAAAAGGCAUUCCUCUCCUUUUACAGUUUGACAUACACUGCUCUCCCUGUUAGCUUUAAUACCCCUUUCCAUUGCUUCUCCUAUCAUUGUACAGCUGAACACAGCAACAGUUGAAGCAUUUUUCUAAGGUGCAACACAGUAAAGCAGACCUCUCCCCUGAUGAAUCCAUGUAGAUUAUUUUCUGUUUUAUUCAGAGCUCAGCUUUACACAUGGCAUUAGGUGUGAUGCUUUUAAUAGGUGCUAAACUAUUAUUGAUACUGUGCCAGUUUUAUUGCAGGGACUGAAGCUUUUUGUCCGGUGCUUUCCCCACAUUUCAAUCCCUGUCACUUCUAUUCAUACAGCGCUUUCCUAGUUUCAAGCCCAUCUCAACUCUAAAGCCAUCAUUGGUACAAAUCAUA